UCGCUCCCCUCGGCUGCAGAGGAGCAUCUCGCGCUUCGAUGGAUUUGCGUAACCGGGUUUGGAGUAUCUGCGCGGCGCUCGGCUUGGUGCUCAUAGUCAGUGAAGAGUCGCGAUGUGAAAAAGCCUGGGAGGUUCCUCGCUUCGACGGCUGGUACAACAGCCUGGGAUACCCGAGACGCGGGGCCGUGGGUUCUCGCCUUGUGCGCCUCGUGCCCGCGCAUUACUGGGACGGAGUCUACCAACCCGACCACGAGCCGCCGAACCCCCGCAGACUGAGCAGCCUGCUGGCCGGGGGCCCCUCCGGUCUGCCCUCGACGCGCAACCAGACCGUGCUCUCGGUGGUCUUUGGUUAUCAUGUUUCUUUUGAAAUGUUCGACUCAAGAACUCCUGGGUGUCCACCUGAGUUCAUGAACAUCCCAGUACCGAAAGGCGACCCUGUCUUUGACCCCAGCUCCACUGGAAAAGUCCUUCUGCCCUUCCAGAGAGGACCGUGGGACAAAAACUCCGGCCAGAGCCCCAGUAACCCUCGCACACCGGUCAACCACGUGACAGCGUGGAUAGACGGCAGCUCCAUCUAUGGCCCCUCUACGUCCUGGUCUGACUACCUGAGAAGCUUCUCUGGAGGGCACUUGACUUCGGGCCCCGAGUGGAACAUGCCAAAUCAGGCAACCGGAAGCGGCCUCAUGUGGAGCGCUGCCGACCCCACUACAGGGAAACACGGACCCGACGGGCUCUACGAGUUGGGAAAUGCCUGGGCCAAUGAGAACAUGUUCACAGCAGCAGAGGGGAUUAUCUGGUUUCGCUACCACAAUUAUUUAGCUUCCAGACUGCAUAAGAAAAACCCUGAGUGGUCAGACGAAAAGCUGUUUCAAAACGCCAGAAAGACCGUUGUUGCCACAUUCCAGAAUAUUGCUGUGUACGAGUGGCUGCCUGGAUAUCUUGGAGACAAAAAGCUCCCUCAUUACCCAGGUUACCAGAAGUUUGUUGAUCCAGGGAUCUCUCCUGAGUUUCUGGCCGCUGCCAUACGGUUUGGCAUCACUAUGGCCCCACCUGGUGUUUACAUGAGAAACAGAACAUGCCAUUUUAGAAAGGUUGUCAACACUGAUGGCAGCUCGUCACCAGCAAUGCGUCUUUGUAACAGCUUUUGGAAACGCCAGAAAGACGAUGUUAAGACAACAAGCCAGGACAUAGAUGGCCUUCUCAUGGGCAUGGCUUCGCAGAUUGCAGAGAAGGAAGACCAUGUUGUUGUGGAGGACCUAAGAGACUUUAUGUACGGACCCAUGAGGUUCAGCCGGACGGAUCUGGUGGCCAUCACCAUCCAAAGAGGGAGAGACUUCGGCCUACGUAGUUACACUGAGGUCAGAAAAGCUCUGGAUCUGCCUCCUGUCGAGACAUUCCAAGAUAUCAACCACAAGCUCAACAGCACCAACCCACAGUUACUCGACGAUAUUGCAGAACUGUACAGCAGAGACAUCUCCAAGCUGGAGCUGUUCCCCGGAGGACUGCUGGAGUCUGUUGAUGGUCCUGGUCCAGUUUUCUCUGCGAUCAUCUUGGACCAGUUUGAACGCAUCAGAAACGGAGACCGCUUCUGGUUCGAGAACAAGCAGAAUGGUUUGUUCACAGAUGCGGAGAUCCAGAUGAUCCGCAAUGUGACCUACCACGACGUUCUUAUCGCAGUCACGAGUGCAGAAGAAACUGACAUACAGAGCAAUGUGUUCUUCUGGAAGGACGGUGACCCUUGUCCUCAGCCUGCACAACUGAACGCGUCGAUGCUCCCUCCCUGCACUAACGCCACCAAGCUGAACUACUUUGACGGGAGCCAAGCUGGCUUUGGGAUAGUCAUCGUGGUUUUGUUCCUCUUCCCCGUUGUUAGUUUUCUGGUUGCCUGCAUGGUCGCGUAUUUCCGCAAAUACAGGUACAGGAAGUUCCAGAGAAAAGGAAAAGCUGGGGACAGAACAGAGGAGCCGGCUGUGGAAAUUACAGCCCACGAAUGGCAGGGCCACAGAAAGCCUCUGCUCCCCGUCAGCGUGGCGCUGGACGAGAAGAGGAGGCUGCAGGUCUUUGACCGAUCCGGGUCGGCCCACCGCUCCCUCAAGCUGCGCCACCAGGGCCACCUCGACGUCCUUCUCUCCAACGACCGGCAGCAGAGAGCUCUGCUGCUCAAAGUGUCAAAGGAGUACGACCUGGUGCUGUUUUUUGACGACGAGAGCAAACGCGCUGCGUUUGUCGAGCACCUGCGCCCGGGGGUGACGGAUCCCGCGCAGGAGAUCAGAGCGGUGGAGAUGAGAGAGAGGGAACUGCUGAAGGAGGCUCUAACCAAAGAGCAGAGGGCUCAGAUUGUGGAAACUUUCAUUCGACACGCUUUCUCUCAGGUCUUGGAGAUAGAGAAGAGUGACGCUGGUGACAUGAGUGGCGUUUCCCACAAGAAAGCCAGGAAGGUUCUGGACUGCGAGCUGACGGCGUCCGAGUUCGCUGACGCUUUAGGCCUCAAGCGCGACUGCCUAUUCGUUGACUCCAUGUUCACACUCGCCGAUAAAGAUGGAAACGGUUACCUCUCCUUCCAAGAGUUUCUCGAUGUGAUGGUUAUCUUUAUGAAAGGGUCUCCUGAGGAGAAAUCUAAGCUCAUGUUCUCCAUGAACGACAUUGAUGGAACUGGUUUCUUAUCAAAGGAGGAAUUUGCCCGGAUGCUCAGGUCUUUCAUUGAAAUCUCCAAUGGUGCUCUGUCUAAGAGCCAGGCGGAGGACGGCAUCAAGGCCAUGAUGGUUGCAGCGGGCUUUGAUGAAAAGGAGUAUAUCACAUGGGAGGACUUCCAUUUCCUCCUGCGGGACCACGAAAAAGAGCUGCAGUUUGCCCAACUCAACGUCAAAGGGAUGGAGAAUCGGAGGGAGAAGCGGAUGAGCCGAGACCAGAGAGUGUCCUUCAUCUGUCCAGGAAACAGCAAGGCGGAUGGACAGGAGAUACGCAGACGGAAAAAGUUGGGUGUCAACACCCCAAACGUCUAUGUGAAGCCCAAGCGUGAGGCGUACAUCAGAAACCCAGUCCAACAAAAGAUCCAGCAAUUCAAACGCUUCAUUGAGAAUUAUCGGCGUCACAUCGUGGUCUUCGCCGUCGUGUACGGCAUCACGGUUGGCUGUGCGCUUGAAAGAUGUUACUACUACGGUUUGCAGGCCGACUCGACAGGAUUUCCUGGGACUUCCAUAGUGGGCAUCAUCGUGUCCCGCGGCUCGGCCGCCGCCGUCUCCUUCCUGUUUCCCUACAUGCUUCUCACUGUGUGCCGCAACCUCAUCACCCUUUGCCGAGAGACAUUCCUGAAUCGCUACAUCCCCUUCGACGCGGCCAUUGAUUUCCAUCGCUUCAUGGCAAUGACCGCCGUGCUUCUUGCAGUUGUUCAUAGUUUGGGCCACGUGGUAAACGUCUACGUCUUCUCGGUCAGCGACCUCAGCAUCCUGUCUUGUCUGUUCCCAAAAGUCUUUUUUGACAACGGGUCUGAACUUCCUAUGAAGUGGUCGUGGUGGUUCUUUGAAACUGUUCCAGGAAUGACUGGUGUAUUGCUUCUUCUCACUUUGGCAAUUAUGUAUGUUUUUGCCUCACACUUUUUCCGUCGCAUCAGCUUUCGUGGAUUUUGGCUCACACACUACCUCUACAGUAUUGUGUACAUUCUAACGGUUAUUCACGGCAGUUUUGCCUUACUCCAAAAGCCCCGUUUCCACAUAUUCUUAAUUCCACCUGCACUGCUCUUCCUGCUGGACAAACUUAUCAGCUUGAGCAGGAAGAAGGUGGAGAUCCCCGUGCUCAGAGUUGAGCUGCUGCCUUCAGGUGUGACACAUCUGGAGUUUAAGCGACCACAGGGCUUUGUGUAUCGCUCAGGCCAGUGGGUUCGCAUUGCAUGCCUGAUGUUGGGCACAGACGAGUACCACCCAUUCACACUGACGUCAGCCCCGCACGAAGAGACACUGAGCCUGCACAUCAGAGCCGUGGGGCCCUGGACCAGCCAGCUCCGGGACCUCUACACCGACGAAAGUCUGCUCGAACUUGGAGACUAUCCAAAGGCAGGUUAAAGCAUUAUUUUGUGCGUGUGAAUCAUUUUUUCUCGUGUUGCGUUCUUUUUCGCUUUUAAUUUCCUCCCUACUUUGCAUCAUCCUCAGCUGUACUUGGAUGGCCCGUUCGGGGAGGGCCAUCAGGAAUGGAUUGACUUUGAGGUGUCUGUUCUGGUGGGAGGAGGAAUAGGAGUCACCCCAUUCACUUCCAUCCUUAAAGACCUGGUGUACAAGUCCUCCCUCAAGUCCAAGAUUCUGUGUAAAAAGGUUUACUUCAUCUGGGUGACACGAACGCAGCGUCAGUUUGAGUGGGUGUCAGACAUCAUCAGGGAGGUGGAGGAGAUGGACACCAAGGAGCUGGUAUCAGUCCACACCUACAUCACGCAGGUGGCCGAAAAGUUUGACCUCCGCACCACCAUGCUGUAUGUGUGUGAGCGCCACUUUCAGAAGGUGUGGAGCCGAAGCCUCUUCACCGGCCUGCGCUCCGUCACUCAUUUCGGCCGGCCGCCGCUGGCGUCCUUCCUCAACUCACUGCAGGAGGUUCACCCCGAGGUGGGUAAAUUUGGUGUAUUCAGCUGUGGGCCACCUGGACUCACCAAAAACGUGGAGAAAGCUUGCCAGCAGAUGAACAAGAUGGAUCAAGCCCAAUUCCUCCAUCACUAUGAGAACUUCUGACUUUCCUCUUUGUUUUGGAUGACAUGAUCGCAGAAAAAAAGACGAGACACUUGUGCAAUGGAAAACAUUGUUACUAUCACAGAGCGCAAUGUAGGAAGUUUUGAUUAUGUAUGUCUAUCUAUUAGAUGUGUCUUCUUUCCUUCUAUUUUCUGUAUUCAUGAAUAUUAUUGUUAGACAUUUAUUUCAAUUACAGAUGACAGAUGUUAUUUUUUAUUUCAUACAAUAAAAAGAAAAGAUUCAUAAGAUAAGUGAAAUACAUUUUGAUCUUCAUGCCAGUUUUAUUUGUUGUUUGACACAGAUAUGUAACUGCUUCAUACCUGUUAUGUCAUGUUCAGUUCUAUGUCAUUCAUUUCUUUCUUGUGUUUCUUGUUUGAAAUAUGUGGAACAAAUAAAAUCACAGUUGCAACACUG